ACGUACCAAAACUUAAACUAAAAGUCUAAAACAGAGGAAAGCAAGAAAAAUUAAAAUAAAACCUACUUUCCUCAUCAUAGCAAGCAAAUCGACAGACAUUUGUUUGUAUCAGUUGAAGGUUAACAUUUUUCCUAUACACUUUUGCAAUAUUUAUUAGCCAAAAAUGACGGUUGCAUUUGUUCAUGCAAAACCUACUCCACUUUGGCACAUAAACUGGUCCAAAGACAAAGCUUAAAAGGCGAGUAAAGUUGAUUACCUUUUAUGCUCAUCAAUCAUUCUCAUACAAGCUUUCCCACAAGAGCAGAAACAGCCUCCAUGGAAUCUGCAAAGAAGCACUGCAAAAACAAAGACAUCGCCAUCGAUGGGAACAACUUGCAAACCGAGCCUGUCCUAAUCCCCGGCUUGCCAAACCAUCUAGCCUCCCUUUGUCUUGCAAAUCUCCCACCUUCCCUCCUUUACCGAGUCUGCAUUUCAUGGCGCCGCUUCAUCUAUUCUCCCAACUUCCCUCCAUUCUACUCUCUUUACGCUCUUCUAGCACCGACCUCCCCUGCACCCGACUCUGCAUGCCAAUUCCACUCGGCUAGUUUCUUCUGCUUCGACCCCGUUGCAUGGAAGUGGAGAUCCCUUCCAAGCCCUCCCACUUCUGGUGCACCUCUCUGCAUGCUAAGCCGGCAUCCUUCUUACAUAUCAAGGAUUCUUCCAGUUCAAUCUAUAACGGCAUCAGGCCAUCUACUUCUUAUAGCUGCCAACACUCACAAUUUUCUCCCAGCACUUAGCCAUCCAUUAGUAUUCAACCCUCUUUCCAGCAAGUGGAGCUUUGGGCCUCCGUUUACCUCCCCUAGGCGUUGGUGCGUCACUGGCUCAAUGGACAGCUCAGUGUACGUGGCAAGUGGGACGGGCGCACAGUACCAACGAGAUGUGGCAAGAUCUCUUGAGAGAUGGGACAUGUCAAAGAAGGAAGCAGAGUGGAUGUGGGAGACGAGGACAGCGUGUAAAGAUGCAAAGUUUAGUAGAGAAGCCAUUGAAGCGAUCGGGUACAGAGGGAAACUCUGCAUGGUAAACAUAAAGGGGAGAGCGCUAAAAGAGGGCGCAGUGUACAACAUUUCGAUGAAUAAAUGGGAGCAAAUGCCGAGGGGGAUGCUUGGGGGAUGGACUGGACCAGCAGCCAUGGACGACCAAGUUAUGUACGUGGUAGAUCAGGAAACUGGAAGCCUGAGCAGAUAUGAUCCUGAAAAUGAUUGCUGGGAAGAGUUUGUUGGGCCUUCGAACCACCUGAAAGGGGCUCAGCAUAUAUCUGCAGGCCGUGGCAAAGUUUGCGCUGUUUCAGCUGAUGGCGCCAAGAUUUUUGUGGUGGAUGUUUCGGCAUCUGCAAUCGCAAGGCCUCGUAACUUUUGGAUAUUGGAGCCACCAGAAGGUAUGGAAGUCAUUGCAGUCCACAUAUUACCAAGGAUGAGCAUUCAUCAGUCUAGUUGUUGAAUUCUCCCAACUCUGUACAUAAUCUGAAACUGUUUUAGAUAAACACAAAAGCAGGAAAAUAUCAUUUUUCAACUUCACUUGUAAAACAAACAAAUGGUAUCCUUCUCUUUGUUUACAUUAGUUUCAAACCUUUUCUUUACUAUUCCCAAUUUGAACUUAUGGAACUUAUUUUCAUGUCUACCGAGAGCUAGAUCUUCCUAUGUAUCAGCAGCAACCAAGGAAAAACUACAUAAAUCAUAGUGUCUUUUAAUUUUGUAUAACAGUAACAAUGUUAAUAAACAUGAGUCCAAAGUCCCAUGUCCAAAACAAGCCAUCUAAAAGCAUAAGUGAGAUGCAACAGUAAUCCAGUAAUUAGUUCACUAUAUAGAGAUAAAAAGUACAGAAUAUUGCUCAUAGAGAUAUAAAUUAUGCUAACUAAUCCUUGCACCAAUCAAGGGUUAAGAUGGUGAAGUUUUCAAAGAUUCAACAUCUCCCAGAUAUUACUGUGAAGCUUUCGAAUCUCGCAAAAUUGCAGGGACAUGCAUAAAGUAAAGAAUUUAACUUCAGAAUACAAGAUUCAUCAGAUUCUUUUAUCAGGAUAUUUGGUUUCUCAAACUUAUUUCUAUGGAAUAUCUACUAAUAUACAAAUUGGGACUUUCAAGAAAAUGGAAUAUAAAGGACAUGCUUGCCUUUAGAAUUUUUUUAACUUUAGCCUAAAGCAUGAAUGUUCUAAACGAAUCAUAACCUUUAACAUAUGCUGUUGGAAAGAAGGUCCCCUGUUCAGUCAGAGUCUAGACAUAAUAUCUACUUUUUGAGAAAAGCAAAAUGCACCAAACAUAGAAAAUUUCCUGAAGGACAGUGAUUAUUUAGAAUUCUUUGAUGGUAUAAAAUAAAAUAGACUUCAGCUAUCAAGAAAAUGCCAAGAAGAGACCUUCCAGUUGGAAUUUUAAAGCUUGUUAUUGUUUAAUUCUAUUUAUCAGUCUUUGAACAACUUUAGUAAACUUUUGAACCACUAAAUCAAUAACCCCCAAACAACUCCACCAUCUUCCUGUUAGGAUAACAACUAGGAUAUUAUACAACCAGAACUAUGUGUUUGUCUUGUUCUCAUCCACUAAAGAUAGAAAGUCACCUAAAUGUUCCAAUUCUAGAAUCCUAAAACUUAUUCAAAUAAGCAUCUACAGAGGUUCUAAUUAAAAGAUAUCCUAACUAUCAAGCUGUCAAAUGCCAGUUGGUGUGCAUAUGUAAGAAGUGGCCUAAUCUUUGAAGUAUAUCAAUAAAUCAAUAGUCAUACUUCCAUCCCUGCAUAAGUUAGACAGAUCAUAUGACAAUUCUAUCAUAUUUGCACCAAUCUUCAUAACUCUGUUUUCACUUGUACAUGCAUACAAAAUCAAUAUUAGGGGCAAUGGCUUUACAUAUAUCACUAAAAGGACAUUAGAUUUUACAUGAAGUGGAAUGAGAACAGUGACCUCAUACCUAUUAUCUGCAUCCUUAUAUAGUUUCAAUAAAGAAUGUAAGCAGUGAAAUAAUUAAACAGAAAAUUCCUCAUAGAGAAAUCAAAGAACUUGCAAUGUUCCCCUUUUAUUUAAAACCGAAAUUCCUUGAAUCAACAUUCUUCAUCGCCAUUGCAUCAAACAGUGCUCUACCCUCCCAAAAAUUGACAUAUCAUGAAAUUAUAGAGCACGCAACUUCUUCUUAGAUUGGAUAGAUGAGUGAGUUAAUUAUUCCAUAAAAAUAAACAUCUCACUUAGAUUGAGAGAUACCAAAAUAGAUGGGAGUGUUAGAUAAUUAAAGUAGAGAAAGAGAGUAGAGUAAGAAAGGGAAGUCAGGGCCGUCGUCACCCUCUUGCUGCCAGAGCGCCGCCGCUGGAACAGUCGCCUGAUUCCAGCAGAAUCCCUCCACUUUUUUUUAACUUUAA